AUGGAUUCGAACGCGCGUUAUUUAAAAGACAAUCGCUGGAGAAUAGUAUAUGCAUCCAGGCUGUCGUACAACACGUUUUCCAAAUCCGGUGGUCUUUUUCCAAGGAUAUUUAACGUUGCAAAACAUGCGGAUAUACUAGUCAACGGUACGUGCGGUGCAAACAGACCGGAAGUUUAUUGCAGGAGACCGACGGAUAAAGAAGCGAGAAAAGCGAAUCAGUGCAUACCGACGUUAUGCGAUUCGAAAAAAAACGGUAUAAAAAAAACAAUAGACGGAAGUAAAGAUUCGUGGAUAAGUCCGACGCUGGAAAACGGUCUGGAAUACGAGUACAUAACGAUAACGUUAGAUUUAAAACAAGUAUAUCAGGUUGCAUACGUAACGAUCAAAGCGAGUAUAGCACCGCUACCGGUGGCAUGGGUAUUGGAAAGAUCAUUGGACGGUUUAAAUUUUUUCCCAUGGCAAUAUUUUGCAGAAAGUAGCGGAGAAUGUAGGAGGCGAUACGGAAUGCCAGCCUCACAACCUAAACCUAUUUUCAAGACUGACGACGAAGUUAUUUGCCUUAUCAAUUAUUCUAAAUUAUAUUAUAUUGAUAAUCAAGAGGUACACGUAUCUCUUAUUAACGGAAGGCCGAGUUUUAAUUAUACAAGCGAAAUCCUUAGAAAUUUCACACUCGCUCGUUACGUUAGAUUUAAAUUUCAAAAAAUACAUAAGACUGAAAAAGAUCUCAUUCUACGUAAAAAGUUAUUUUAUUCCAUAAAAAAUAUAAUAAUAGGAGGUCAAUGCCUGUGCCAUGGUCAUGCAUCUAAAUGUGUUCCUAAUAAAAUUACCGGAUUACCAACGUGCGUUUGCGAACAUAACACAUGUGGAAGUCAUUGUACUGAAUGUUGUCCCUUGUUUAACCAAUUUCCAUGGUCUCCGGGCACGAUUGAAACGGUCCAAGUGUGCGAAAUGUGCGAAUGUCACGGUCAUUCCGAUAAGUGCAUUUAUAAUACCCAAAUAGCAGAAGAAAAAUCAAGUUUGGAUAUAAAUGGAUUUUAUCGCGGCGGAGGACGAUGCGUCGACUGUAACAAUCACACGUCUGGAAUAAAUUGCGAAACGUGCGAAACGGGAUGGUAUAGACCGACGGGAAUAUUACCGGAUGAUCCGAAUCCUUGUUUUCCAUGCGAUUGUCAUCCCGUGGGUUCGACCGGAAAUUGCACUCAAAGCGACGAUACAUUUUCCGAUGACUUGGUUGGUUCUUGCGAAUGUAAAAAGGGUUACGCGGGUUUUAAAUGUGAUAAAUGCGCACCCGGAUGGAGAAAUUUUCCGAAUUGCGAACCGUGUCCCUGCGAUUCAAAAGGUUCUCAACAAUACGAAGAUUGCGUUUUGCCAUGCGUGUGUAAAGCCAACGUCGUCGGAAAAUUUUGCGACGAAUGCCGACCCGGAUAUUUUGGUUUAAGCGAAUACAAUCCUGAGGGAUGCACAAAAUGUUAUUGUUCGGGUGUCAGCACUGUGUGUAGGGAAGCUAAUCUCACUCGAAAUACAAUCAAAUCAUCUCUCGAAGGAUGGGUGAUAACAGAUUUGGCUCACGUCAAAACGAUAACACCGUCGGAAGAUCCCGAAACGGGAGCUUUGUACAUAGCCAAUUACGAAUUUCCCGGAGUCGAAAGUUAUUAUUGGUUGGCUCCGACGAAUAUUUUUGGAAAUCUUAUUACCUUAUAUGGAAAUAUGAAUUUUAAAUUUAAAGUCGGAUGGGAAGCCAUGAGAGGUGAUACGAGUGGACAACCGACCGUCGGUCCAAAUAUUGUUCUCAUUAGCGGCGACGGAGUGAAAUUAGGGUACGGCGAAGAAACCUACGAAGAAAGGAAAAAAAAUUUAACGUUAAAAGUUAAUUUAAUAGAAAAAAAUUGGUAUACGAUCCUUCCGGAAGUUGAUGAUAUUCGUACGAGACUUCGAAGAACGGAAUAUCGCGGAAGUGGAAUAACAAGAGAAAAAUUUUUAAACGUUUUGGCAAAUGUUAAACACGUAAUGCUAAGAGCUAAAUUUCACACGGAUCAAGUCGAAGGCAGCCUGUUUUCCGUCGCGGUGGAACCUACGGACGAAGAAUUCGGUAGUAAACGAUACCCGACGGAAGAUUGUCACUGUCCCCCCGAAUAUUCUGGUUCGUCUUGCGAAAAUUGCGCUUUCGGUCAUUACAAAUCAAACGAGACGACGGAUAUUAAAUGUAAUCCAUGCCCGUGUAAUUUACACUCGGAUUGCGAUCCGGAAACGAAAACCUGCCAGAAAUGCGAACAUAACACUCGGGGUGAGGAUUGCGGUAUUUGCAAAGAUGGUUUUUAUGGAAAUGCAACGAUGGGUACUCCGAAAGAUUGUCAACCGUGCGGUUGCCCACUUUUAAUACCGAGUAAUAAUUUCAGUCCGAAAUGCGAAUUGGAAGAAAUACAAGAAAACGGUUUACAAUUUUAUUACUGUACCGAAUGUCCCGUGGGAUACGUUGGAGAUUUUUGCGAAGAGUGCGAUGAAUUUUUUUACGGAAAUCCUUUAGAAAUCGGAGGAAGUUGCUCACCCUGCGAUUGUAACGGGGGUUUAUGCGAUAAUAAAACAGGGAAAUGUUUAGAAUGUACCGGAAACACAGAGGGGAUCCUUUGUGAAAAAUGUAAACCUUAUCAUUACAGAACAUCGAAUUCGUCUUUUUGCUCGCCUUGCGAUUGUUACGCGAAUGGAUCCGAAAGUGAAUUUUGUGACGAAAUAAGCGGACAAUGUCCGUGUAAAAAUAAUUAUCAUGGACGAAAUUGUAGCGAGUGCGUUGUGGGUUACACAUACGCAGAAGACGGUUCGUGUGAAAAUUGUAAUUGUGGACUGGGAUCGGAAAGUAACGAAUGCGAUCCGACGACGGGAGAAUGCGAUUGUAAAUCAGGUACCCGAUCCCCUAAAUGCGAUGAAUGCGAAUCUCAACAUUACGGACUCUCUCCCGAAGGAUGUAAGGGCGCAAACUGUAAAACGUUUAAAUUAAAUCUCAUAUGA